AUGAAGCAGGCAAACUUCCCUGAGGAGAACGGCUUCAGCGAGGCGAUGUCCAGCAGCCCUCAUGAUCCUGUGCCCAGCAGCUGCAGGAAGAAAUGCCGCUGGCUUCAGCGUCUGAUCCCGGACAACUUCUGGAAGGACACAAAGAAGCUGCUGCUGCUGGCAGGGCCACUGAUCGUGAACCAGCUCUUGAUUUUCCUGAUCCACCUUGUCAGCUCCAUAUUCUGUGGCCACCUGGGGAAGGUUGAACUGGCCUCUGUCACACUGGCCAUUGCUGUUAUAAAUGUUACUGCCAUCUCUGUGGGAUAUGGUUUGUCUUCAGCAUGUGACACCUUGAUAUCCCAGACCUAUGGCAGCAAGAACUUGCGGCGCGUAGGAGUGAUCCUGCAGCGUGCCACCCUCAUCCUCCUGCUGUGCUGCUUCCCCUGCUGUGCCAUUCUCAUCAACAUUGAGCAGCUCCUGCUCCUCAUCCGCCAGGACCCCGAGGUCUCCAGGUUAACCCAGCUCUAUGUGAUGGCGUUUAUCCCUGCUCUUCCCGUAAUUUUUCUGUAUCACUUGGAGACAAGAUACCUGCAGAACCAGAUGAUCAUGUGGCCCCAAGUGCUGAGCGGUAUCCUUGGCAAUGCUGUCAACGCGAUCGCAAACAGCAUCUUUCUCUAUGUGCUGGGCUUGGGCAUUGCGGGCUCAGCCUGGGCCAACACCGUUGCUCAGUAUUCUCAAACCAUUUUCUUGUUCCUGUAUAUUGUAGGCAAGAAGCUGCAUGUGGAGACAUGGGGAGGCUGGUCCAGGGAGUGCCUCCUGGACUGGGACAGCUUCAUCUCACUGGCUGUCCCCAGCAUGCUCAUGAUCUGCAUUGAGUGGUGGACCUACGAAAUUGGGAGCUUCCUGAUAGGCCUGCUGAGUGUCGUUGAGCUCUCUGCACAGUCCGUCAUCUACGAGGUGUCCGUUGUUGCCUACAUGAUUCCCCUAGGGCUCGGCACAGCUGCCAGCGUCCAGGUGGGGAACGCGCUUGGCGCUGGGGACAUGGAGACAGCCAAGAGAUCUUCCUCCACCUGCCUACUCUGCACAGGAGGAUUUUGCAUAGCAGCAGGAGCCAUUUUAGCAGCCACGAAGGAUAUGCUGGGCUAUAUCUUUACCAGUGACAAGGAGAUUAUUGACUUGGUGGCCUGGGUCAUGCCCAUCUAUGUUGUCUUCCACUUAUUUGAAGCUACGUGUGGUGCCUGCGGCGGGGUGCUCAGAGGCAUAGGCAAGCAGAAGUUUGGUGCCAUCCUCAAUGCUGUGGCUUACUAUGGCGUGGGCCUGCCUGUGGGAGCUGUGCUUCUCUUCGUAGCCAAGAUUGGCGUCAUAGGUCUCUGGCUCAGCAUGCUCAUCUGUGUCUCCAUCCUCUGCAUCUGCUUCAUCACCUACAUUGUCCGCAUGGACUGGAAGAGGGCUGCUGAGGAGGCUCAGCUCCGUGCAGGAGUGACCCAGCAAUCAGCAGAGGAGCUGAACCCACAUCCCGAAGCACCCUGCAAGGAUCUGCCCUGCGGUCCCGGGCCAGCCCCGCCAUCCCACGCCCACAACCCCAUCAUGGCUGUGCGGGGGUGUGUAGCGGGAACGGAUGCCCAGAAUGGUGUCAUCCUCAUGGGUGUCACCAGGAUUGAGGGACCAACGUGCCAGCCAGAGCCCCAGGAAGCAAUGCCUGCCUCACCUGCUCCAGACACCAUCGUGCCCAUGAAAGAUCUGCUCAUCCGACGUGGGCUAGUAGGGGCUGCAGCUGUCGCAGUGCUUGUGCUCGGCAUCGUAAUAAAGCUUGUAACCAGCACACACUGAAUGGCACCACGCACUCUGGGGACUUCGAGGACAAAGGUGCCUCCUGACUGAUGGACACACAAAGCACAGGCUGACCAACAGAAGAAUCCAGCACCUGAGUGGCCCCUCAGGGCAGAAGGACCCUGCUUAGCACUUAGCAGUUCCUGACCGGGUGCCACCUGGGAACGGGCCCUUUGCAUCAUCCCAAGUGCUGCCCAGAUUGCCCUACACCCACCGAGCAUGGGGUAACCCCUUCCGCACCCAAACCACGCACUGCUGGCUCUCACCUGCUGACCGGAGCUGAGCCCAGCCCAACUCGCACCGCUGCCUAAUAAAGAAUAA